AUGCGCCAAAGCGUAUUCGAAGCAAGAGAAGCCAGCCAAGAUGAAGUUGUGGAGACGGAUCAGUCAUGGGUGGAAAAAGUAUUAGGUGGCAUAGAAAGGUCCCAACAACGCAAACGCCCAAUUAAGCCGAGCAUCUUCAGAGUUCCCCCACAGCUGCGAUCAAGCAAUCCAGAUGCUUACGAGCCACAGCUGGUGUCCAUUGGUCCUUACCAUCAUGGCAAGCCCAGCCUUCAGGCGGCCAUGAAGGAAAUCAAGUGGCAGAUAUUGUACCACCUCCUCCCAGAAGAUCCAAAAGAUUGCAUCCAACAGUACUUAAAAAUGAUGCAGAAAUUGGAGGUGAAAACCCGAAGCUACUAUUCUGAAGUGAUCGAUAUGGGCAGCUACAAAUUUGCGGCGAUGGUGCUGCUUGAUGGUUGCUUUAUUAUCCAACUACGCAUCCGCCCUGAUCCGAUGGCCAAGGAGCUUAGCGAUCUGCUGAAAAACAGUAUUUGGCUUGAAAGCAAACUCUUUGGAGAUUUGCUCCUCGAAAACCAGUUUCCAUAUUUCAUCUUCAAUGAUCUCCUUAGUCUCCUAAACAAACCAAAGCUAAGGAGCAUCGCUAUGCAGAGACUGAUUCUUGAGAAUUUAAAUAAAAUGUUGCCCGGAUUCUUCAAUUUCUCAUCAUUAAUGGAACCAAAAGAAGACUUCCAGGUGGCCCAUAUUCUCCACUUGCUCCACGAGAGCAACGCAGCCCCACCAAAUCAAGAAUUGAUCAUGCAGAAUCGGGUUUUUCUGUACUUAAGAUCUGGUUCCCCAGGGUCCCCGCAGCAAUUACCAGAGUCUCCUCUGGGUGUCCCAUCCGUGACAGAGCUUGUGGAGGCUGAAGUCAAGAUCAAGAAGACGGAAGCGGAUAACUUUCUAAACAUUACAUUUGACAAAAAGAAAGGGUUGCUAGAAAUUCUAGCCAUCAAGGUCAUCGAUUCCACUAACCUCAUCUUCCAAAACCUCAUCGCCUUGGAGCAAUGCUACAUAGAUGCCCCCAUGAAGAUCACCUGCUACUCUGUUUUCAUGGAUUCCAUUAUCAACACCGAAAGAGAUGUGGCGUUGCUUAGCCAGGAAGGGAUCAUUUACCGCGUGCUUGGCAGUGACAAGGACAUUGCACUUCUCUUCAAUGAGCUUUGCAAAGAAGUUGUGGUUGAUAUCAGUGGGAAUUACCUCGCUCGAUUGUUCAACGAAGUGAAUGCUUACCGCAACUCGAGGUGGAACAGAUGGCGGGCAAGACUAAUGCAUGACUAUUUCAGCAAUCCAUGGGCGAUCAUUUCGCUGAUCACAGCUGCUGUUCUCCUCGUCCUCACCAUCGUUCAAACGCUUGUCUCCACUUUAAGUCAUACUCUGCAAAUCAACAGCAGUGACAGGACUCGUUCAUAA